GUGAGCGCGGCCCGCAGGUGUGUUGAUCAAGCCCCGGGCAGGGCGGCUGCUGCUGCUGUGAUGUCAAAGCAGGCGGGGUGGCAACCGCCGAGCAACAGGUUCCAGCUCCAGAACCUCUUUCAAACAAUCCCCUCCCUCCUGGCGGCGGCAGGUUGAGGCGCCUCCGCUUCCCGCUCCCUCCCAGCCAUGGGGGCGAAAGAUCAAAAGGGGAGCGACGCCCCCGGUCCUUACGGGGAAAAGUGUAAAUAUGAUCCCUCCUUUCGUGGCCCCAUCAAGAACAGGAGCUGUACUGAUAUUAUUUGCUGCAUCCUCUUCAUGGCCUUCAUUGUUGGCUACAUCGUAGUAGGAAUUCUGGCCUGGCUGUAUGGAGAUCCUCGUCAGGUGAUUUACCCCAGGAAUUCAACGGGUUCUUAUUGUGGAGUCAGCGAGAAUCGCAAGAAGCCUUUUGUCCUCUAUUUCAACAUGAUCGACUGCAUCACCUCUCUAAACAUCAUGGCUGCCGCAAUGAAUGGCUUGCAGUGCCCAACACCACAGAUCUGUGUCUCAUCCUGCCCUGCCGAUUUCUCUGUAGUACUUCCCACCGACUUCGUUAGCACACCUUCUGCUGUGUGGAAAGAGGAGUGGUGCCAGCCCAGUAUUAAUCUCACUACUACCCAUCUGACUGUGUCACAGAUACUAGAUAAACAACUUUGUCCACAAUUUAUGGUCCCGUCCACAGCAGUCUUCAAUCGUUGCUUUCCAACUUUCAAUGCCUCCCAAGACUAUUCUGACAAACACCUGUCAAAUGAAACGCUGAAGAAGAUCACUGAUGGCUCAAACCAGAUUCUUGAGUCGCUCAACGCCAGGAAUAUUGGGUUGAAGAUCUUUGAGGAUUUUGCACGGACGUGGUACUGGAUCCUGAUAGUGCUGGUCAUUGCGAUGGGAUUGAGCCUCCUGUUUCUCCUACUGCUGCGUUUUACUGCUGGGUUCCUGGUAUGGAUUCUCAUCCUUGGUGUGCUGGUCGUCAUUGCUUAUGGAAUCUACCACUGCACCAUGGAGUACCUUAAAUACAAGGAUCAGGGAGCCACAAUUACUGACAUUGGCUUUACCACAAACCUCAGCGUCUAUGGCAGUGUCAAGGAGACCUGGCUCGCUGUCUUGAUAAUCCUCUGUGUGGUAGAAGCCAUCUUGCUGCUCACCCUUCUAUUCCUCCGCAACCGGAUCCGUAUCGCUGUGGCACUCCUGAAAGAAGCCAGCCGAGCCAUUGGACACAUGAUGUGUUCUCUCCUUUACCCGCUGGUGACCUUUGUCCUGCUGCUGAUAUGUGUGGCCUACUGGGCUAUGACCGCCCUAUACCUGGCUACCUCUGGCAGUCCCCUCUACCGCAUUACUCCUGUGAAUGAGAGCAGGCCUGGCUGCUCGGAAAUCUCCGGUAACGAGAGCUGUAGCCCACUGACCUUCAAUGCCUCCUCCUAUUCCCCUUGCGACGUGAACUGCAUCUUCUACAAGUACAGGGAUGAAGGGCUCUUCCAGCGCAACAUCUUCAAUCUGCAAGUCUACAAUGUCUUGGGCUUCCUGUGGUGCAUCAACUUCGUCCUGGCUCUGGGGCAGUGCGUGCUGGCCGGUGCCUUUGCCUCUUAUUACUGGGCCUUCGACAAACCCCGGGACAUCCCAGCCUGCCCUGUGGCAAGCUCUUUCAUCCGGACGUUGCGUUUCCACACCGGGUCUCUCGCUUUUGGCGCCCUCAUCCUCACCAUCGUCCAGGUCAUCCGCAUCAUGCUAGAAUAUCUGGACCACAAGUUGAAAGAUCUCCACAAUCCAGUUGCACGGUGUAUUCUUUGUUGUCUGAAGUGCUGUUUCUGGUGUCUGGAGAAGUUUAUCAAGUUCCUCAACAGAAAUGCCUACAUAAUGAUUGCCAUUUAUGGAAAGAACUUCUGCACAUCAGCGAAGAACGCCUUCAAGCUUCUGAUGCGGAACGUGGUCAGGGUUGUAGUCCUGGAUAAAAUAACCGACCUGUUGCUGUUUUUUGGAACACUCUUGGUGGUUGGCGGAGUUGGAGUCCUAUCCUUCUUCUUGUUCACGGGGCGGAUCCCGAUUGAGGACUCUCGGAUCCAGUCUGCUCAGCUCAAUUACUACUGGCUGCCCAUCCUGACUGUGGUGGUUGGUGCCUACGUCAUUGCCCAAGGAUUCUUCAGUGUCUACAACAUGUGCGUCGACACCCUGUUCCUCUGUUUCUUGGAAGAUCUGGAACGGAAUGAUGGCUCCUUGGGGAAGCCGUACUACAUGUCCAAGUCCCUCAUGAAGAUCCUCAACAAGAAGAACAAGAAAGCCAAGAAGGAUGAGCAGAAAUAGUGCUGGAGGUUGAUAUCCUCCUGUGGGCUUAUCUACUCAGAACUGGUCCAUGUCAUUUCUUGCCAUACCCAUUUCCUGUCAGCCAUGACUGGAUUUUAGGCCCAAAUGCUAUGUCAGGUAACAACUGAAUGUAUCUCUUCCUCCUCCCACCACUCCAGUUCAUGUUGAAGGCUUUGGGGGCCUUGCACUUGAAGUCUGGGUAACGCUGCCUCCAUUUCGAUCCACUCAACGGCAGCCAUUUUUGUUUUCUUGACAUAGUUUGGGAUGUAGCCAACAUGUGCUCCUUUAAUUUAUUGGUCAUGCUGUUUAGAACCACAAAGAGACAGUGGCAGCCGUAAUUAACGUUUUGCUUGUGCCACUGUCUAAGCAUACAUAUUUUUGAAGCCUACUGUGGCCAAUGCUUUCAAUUUUUCCCCUCAGCUUCAGAUGCAUCACUUUCCUGCUGAUGCUAUCUCCCUCCCCCAUUCCUUGCAGAUUGGUGAUGCUUGACUCUCUGUCUUGUCUUCCAAACCUUGCCCUUCACCACAAGGAUCCAAGGGAUCAUCCUGUUUCUCCAUGACCAUUGGAUCAUGUUGGCCUCAUCUGCUGAAAUGAGGCUUACUGAAUCUCCAGUUUGUUUUUCCACACUGUCGUGCCAGCUGUUGGCUGAUGGGAGCUGUUCAGGGCCUCGGGUGCAAAUGUAGCCAAAUGGGGUCUUGGCAUUGGACUGUAUCUGUUCGAAUUUGCAGAUGAAGGUGCCCUAGGUAAAAAUUCCCUAGAAGCAAACAAGUGCACGGGGUGUUUCUAGCUCAGACUGUUAGCUGCUGUAUUAAUAUUUCUGUGUGAAUAUGAUUUUUGACAUAGGGCAACGUUUGAAAAAUAUUAUCUUUUCCUUUGCAGUUGGAAAUGGUAAAGACAACAGGGCCACCACCAAUGGAGUUUGAGGGGGGGGGGCAGCAGCCAGUGGGCCUGUGGCUAGCCAUGACCUGCCAGCUGUUACCGCGCCCCCCCCCCCUCAACCUGCAUCAGGGUUUCUGCCACCUCGUUUUGCUUAACGUGCAGACCAGCCCAAGUCGUUAGGUCAUCUCUGCCGGGAUCGUUUUUAUUUUUUUGUCUGUGCAACCUUUUAGUAAACACUAAUGGGCUUUUAGGGUGUCUUUGCCAUACCUUGGGUCAAAACAAGCGACCGGGAUCCAGAAAGGAGGCCCUUCUAAGGUUCAGAAGACGAAAAGGCCAUCAGUCCUAAUUGCCAACCCUCUGGCAAUCCCGUUGUUGUUCUUCUUUCCUGGCUGAUUUGAGUGGCUGCAGCAAGGAGGGGAACUCUAAACUUUAUUGCGUAGUCAGGACUACGCAAGAGCUCUUCUCCGUGAGGUUUUGACUGCAGCGCGCGGAGCUGUUGAAGCUGCUUCAGCAUAUUCCCCAGUUAAACUUGUUGGGAGUUUUUAUUCCUUGACAAUAGUUGCUUAUUUGCACUAAGUCACUUUCUCUCUUGUUUUUAUUUCCUUUUUCUGGCGGAUCAGUUUUGUCGUUUUGUGUGUUUUGAACCUGGCUAUCUCUCUCUCUCUUUUUUUGUAUGUGAAGGACCUGGCUGCCAUUUUUGAGUUUCAGCCCAAGUGGCUGGUUCUCUUUCAACCCCUCGUCUUUGGAGGUCUGGUUCUGUUUGGCUGUUGGUCACAUUUCCAAGCUCCGAGCCUAGGAUGCUCAUCUGUGGCCUUUUUGUUUCCCUAAUUAUUUUAGCGGGUGAGUUGAGUUGAUCAUUACUCGUCUCACUUCCAGAUGUCACCGAGCGCCUCUUUGUUCAGGCUUAUAGUUUCCAUACAGUCUUGGUUCAAAAGCGUUUCCUCUCAGCCAAAUGGUUCUUGUUUUCGUAUCCACGCUUUUAAUUUGCCUUCCAGCUCCACAGACUCCAUGACUCUGCCUUUUUAUAAUAUGUAGAGAACUUCUGAUCUGAAGUAGCAACUCAAUCAACACUCCACGGGAUCUGUUUUUACAUUAUCAUAAUGGGGCUAAGAAUGUACUGUAUAUAGAUUUUUCCCCCUUUCUGUACAAAGAUUAAAAGCUAUUUUAUAGGAGAUACAAAAUUUAUUAAAAUUGAUUUUAAUUAAA